AUGGUUCUCUUGAAUGUCGUUUAUGUUUUCAUAGUUUCCUUUUUCUUUGGUUUGCUAAUUACUUUGGAAGGAUCAAGAGUGGUUGUUAACAGUCAACACACUAACAAUUGGGCCGUCUUAGUUUGCACCUCAAGAAAUUGGUUUAAUUAUCGCCAUAUUGCUAACACACUUGCUGUUUAUAAUACAGUAAAACGUUUAGGAAUUCCGGAUAGUAAUAUUAUUUUGAUGCUGUCUGAUGAGAUGGCUUGCCAUCCCUGCAAUCCAUUUCCUGCCCAAGUUUUUCAUUCAAAAAAAAGACUUAAAAAUGUGUACGGAGAAGAUAUAGAGGUCGACUAUAGAGGCGACGAAGUGACUGUUCCUAACUUUUUAAAUUUGCUGACUGGAAAAUCACCCCGAGAACUGCCAAUUUCCCAAAAGCUUUUGUCUGAUGAAAAUAGUAACAUACUAAUAUACAUAUCUGGACACGGCGGAAAUAAUUUUCUCAAAUUUCAUGAUAACGAAGAUUUAACGAGUGAAGAUCUUGCGCACAGCUUGGAGCAGAUGCGCCAACAAAAGAGAUAUAACGAAAUAUUAAUUUUAUUGGACACCUGCGAAGCCAUGACGCUUUUUAGGAACAUUUACUCGCCACAGGUUCUGGUCGCUGGAAGUUCGCAUCAUAGUGAGAGCGCGUGGUCGCAUCAUCGCGAUAAAGAUAUUGGAGUUGAAGUGAUUGAUCGUUUUACUUAUUAUCUUAUAAAAACUCUUGAUCGGCAUGACGCAGAUUCUACACUGACUUUGGAAGAAUUAUUUCAAGUAUUCCAUAAAGACAAACUUCUUUCUCGUUUUGGAGUGGACAGUUCACUUUUCUAUCGAAAAUUAAAGGAGGUGCCCGUUAUGGACUUCUUUGCUAAGAAAACUGCUGUUAAACCUUUUGAUCAAAUUAUAACUUCCACUUUUACCAAUUUUCCAGUGUCUUCUGUUAAAAUUAUGAACAAAUCAAAAAAUACUUUAAAAUUUCUGGAAAGCAAUUAUAAUGCUAAGGAAGAUAAGUUUAUUCCCAGAAAAACUAUCACACAAGAGUUUGCUUGUUAA